CAAAAAUCGAAAACCCUAAUUUACAUCGUUAAGACCUGAACAAAAUUCUAAACUUGUCCGAAAGCGUCGACGCCGAUAGUCGCCGCCACAGUUUCUGAUUCUCACGAGAUAUGGAAAGAGGCAAGAAGAUGAAGGAAGCCAGAAAGCUCAAGACGAGAAAUCUCCACGACGCUGCAGUGGUUGAGAAAGUGCAGAGGAAGAAGAAAGAAAAAGUUGAGCAUCCUGAAGCUAUCUCAACUGAGAAGCCUAAUAGAAAGACGGUUGAAUUGACGAAGAAGAAGAGUAAGAAGGUUGUCAAGGAAAUAGAUAGCUCUUCAGUUGAUGAUAAGAAAAGACAUUCUCAAGUUUCACCGAAAGCUAUUUCAAAUGAGAAAAUCAAAGUUAAGAAGGGAAAGUUGAACAAGACUAAGAAUAAAAGGAUGGCGGAUGAGAUAUCUAGCGGCCCUGUCGAUGAUGAAGAUGAUCAUCUGAUAAAAGAAGCUUCUGACGAUAAGGCUUCCAGUGAAGCUGUUAACACAGACGUUGCUAAUAACGGAUCUGAAACAAGAAACCGAAAGUCUAAGAAAUCAAACAAAAGGAAAAAGACCUCUACAAAAGAGAAUAAAACUUCUUCAGAAAAGAUUGAAGAGGAGGAAGAUGUUUAUGAAAUAUCUUCAGGCGAUGAUGAUUGCUCCAGAGGAAUGAAAAACUGGGUUACUGAAUACCAUGAGAGUAGACCCGGUUUAGAAGAGCUGCAGAAGAGAAUCGAUGACUUCAUGACUGCUCACGAAGAACGCCUUGAGCAGGAGAAACAAGAGCGAGAAGCUAAAGCAGCAGAAGGUGGAUGGACUGUGGUCGUGCAUCACAAAGGAAGGAAAAAGACAACAGACGCUGAGUCUGGAACAGCAGUUGGAUCUGUUUCUCAGGCUGCUUUGGAAGAUAAGGUUGCUAAAAAGAAAAAGACUGAGAUAGUUGGUCAUGGUUUCUACCGUUUCCAGAGGCGAGAUGCACAACGAAGUGAACUCUUGGCGCUUCAGAGUAAGUUCGAGGAAGACAAGAAGAGGAUACAGCAAAUUCGAGCUGCUCGUAAGUUUAAGCCUUACUAAGAAAACAAACAGAUCCUACAUGGAUCUUUUAUUAGAGAGGCUUGGGAGAAAUACCAUGAAUUUUUGUACGAUCAAUUUUUGUAAUUGACAAUUUCGUGAGCUUUUGUGGGUGUAGCCUCAUGAUUUUCAGUCCGAUUAAACAAAAAAGGAAGCUUUUUUACC